AUCACCAUUGAUGGUUUCUCCCUCCCAGAGGCCUUUGCGUUUGAGCAACAUGGCGGCGCCCGGGAGGCAAGUAUGGCAGUACAUCCACAAAAACAACGGAAUUUUGUUCCGCAACCUCGAGCAGGUGUUGUUUCGUAGGAAUUUUGUUGGGAUCUCAUCUUUUCGCCAACAAGCUGUAGAAGCCAGAAACGAUUCCGCAGAGCCAAUUGUCGUCCCCAGAAAGAAAGUAUGGAACAAAGAGUCAGUAUUGGAGGCCUUGGCUAGGACUGUACGCAGGGAUCCUACAGCAUAUCCCUACCAAUUCCAGGAUGAUCCCUACCUCUCCCCGAGGAACUCUGCUGAGUUUAAGCUGUACUCUCUCGCUCAAGAGUCUGGAAGAGCUGCAGCUAAAUACCUUGUCAACAGCUAUCCAAAGUUCUUCACCAAAGAUUUUGCUGAACCACAUAUACCUUGUCUGAUGCCAGAUACAGUAUCACUGCGCCUUGAAGAAGUGAGUGACGAGGCGCUGAAGGAAAGGAUCAGCUUGAGAAAAGUCAAGGCUGCCGUCGACAUGUACGAUCAACUGCUGCAAGAUGGAACAUCUGUAUCCAUGGAAACAACCCACGACCUAUUAGACUUGAUCUGUCUCUUUUGUGACAGAGACCCUAUCCAGGAGGAUGAGACACAAACAGAGGACAUGGAGGAAUUAGGGAGGGAGGUGAGGAAGAGGAAAGGGAAGGUUCGUCGAGCCUCAGACUUAAUCAAGUUUACCUGGAGAGAAAAUAACAACGGCGAAAGAAUAUUUAACCUGCUGCCCGAGAGAGAUACUCGAUGUUACUCUGCUCUCAUCAGGGGCAUGGUGAAGCAUGGAGCCUAUAUAAAGGCCUUCAGCGUAUACACAGACCUGCUUAACAACAGACUGACAGCUGACAUCCACAUUUUCAACGCUUUGAUCUCAGCUGCUCCGGAAGUCAGAGACAAAUACAUCGACAGAUGGAACCUAAUCACUGAGAUUUUAAACCAGAUGAGUCAACAGAAAAUUCAGCCCAAUCUGCAGACCUUUAACUGUAUUCUCAAAGCCUUGAGACGCUGUGGCUCUUUGGCCAGAACAUUGGCACUACACACUCUGAGUGAGAUGACAGCUCUGCGGAUAGCUCCCAGUUUGGCCACCUUUGAUCAUGUGCUGGCUAUAUUUUAUAAAGCAGCAUCAGCUGGCCAGGGCAACACUGACAUUUUACAGGAAGUGAUGUCGGAGUUGGCAGGGAAAAACUUCACUUGCCAAGACCCAGGUGAUGUUCUCUUCUUCUCGAAUGCCAUGAGAAUUUGUCUUGAUUACAAAGAUCUGGAGCUGGGCUAUAAAGUCCAAAGUCUGGUAGAAGUCGGGGAGAACUGGAGGCUUCUUGGUGAUUCCUACCAACAGAGUAUUUACUACGGUCGCUUCUUCAACCUUUUGUGUAUGAUGGAGCACAUUGAUGUGGUGCUCAAGUGGUAUAAAGAGCUCAUUCCCUCAUUGUAUUACCCAAACUCUCAGGGACUGAGAGACCUCCUUCAGGCUCUGGACACAGAUAGUCGCUUGGACGUGCUGCCAAGUAUAUGGAAAGAUAUCCGGUCUCUGGGUCAUGAUAAUAAACCAGAAUUAAUUGAGGAGCUGCUCGCCUUGAUGGCCAGAGAGAAACACAGUCCUGAGGUCCAAGAGUCUUUCGCUACGUGCGCGCUGGAUAUAAAGAGUGCAUUUGAUGGUAAUAGAAGUAGGACCAGUCUGGAGUGGAGCACCCCCACCCUCUCACAUGUUACUUCCCUUCUGCUGCGGGCCAACAAGAUCCAAAAGGCUUGGGAGAUGCUGCAGCUUUUCAAAGAAAAGAACAGAGUUCCUUCUGAUGAGCUGUUGGAAGACUUCCUGUCCCUGUGCCGGAGCAAGGGCUCAGCCCAAAGAGCCGUGGAGCUUGUCGAGCUGUCAGCAGCCUUCUGUCUGCAGGCAACGCCGAGACUGGCCAAACUGACGCGAGCCGAGUUUGUUUUGAGCGAGGACCAAAUAACCAUAUUGUCUGAGUUGGAGAGUGCCGCAGAGCCUGCAGACUGAAGAGUUGGGUCAGCAUUCAUAAUGAAAAAACGACUGUUGUUAUCUACUAUUCAGUGGAAAUGUAAAAACGUAGUAAAAGAAAUAUAUAGAAUGUACCAGCUACGGAUCUGUCAUAAAAUAUAUGGGGUGGGGGGAAAAAAUAAAUCCUUACCUCAUUUGUGGACAAAAAGGU